AGAGAGACAAGCAUUUACACCACUGUUUGUAAAUAUUUUGACUUUAACACUAAUUCCUGGGCUUUUGUUCAUUGGCAUUUUGCACAUGUGAAACCAUUUUGGACAAACAACAAAGAUGACGUGUAUAUUGGCCUCUUUUAGAGACAUUAUAAAAUUGGUCUCUAAUAAAUGCUAAAACGACAAAUGGAAUGGCCGUGACUCAAGCCGUACUGCCUUCGUUUAGUUCAUUUUCAAACUUCUGCAUCGCCUCUGAAAACAUGAAGGCUUGUAAGUUUGAAAAUGGCUUAUUGGAUAUGGACUUCAAGGAUUAUGGCAGUUGUGAGUCGUCACAGUGUAUGACAGAUGUACACAAUGAUGACAGUGAGGGAAGCUUGGAGGUUUUGUUGUCUGAUUGGUGCAGCUCAUCACCUGAACUGUCCAUUGAUCAAAACUACACUUACCAAAGGCAACCGCUACUGCAGGACCAGCUUCACAGUCCUGAUCUCUACCAGAUGGAGGACUUGAGAGCACAAAGAGACCAGGUAAGGCUAAAUAGACACCAAGUUUCCCUUACAAGUCCACUAGCUGAGCUGCUUCCUCAUGACGGAUCUUUAAAUUCCUCAAUGCCUGACCUCUUUAACGGAGGAUAUUUGGAGCAGCAACAAACUGGAAAAUCAGUCUCUCCACCAGAAAACCCCCAACAGUUUACUUUCCAUCUUGCGAAUGACAUGGACAGAGCAAGUGAAAGUGGCAACAUGGAGAUGAAGUCAUGGGAUUUUGGACACUACCACCAACCUGCACCCCUGAUACCCUUCCCAGACUCCAAAUUUGUCCAGACAUCUGGGAUUGGCAUGGACGCAAUGGUCUUUCCUCAUCGCCAUCACUAUGACUUUACUCAAAACUACUCACACCCCAGACUCUACCAACAGCAAGUGCACUAUGCCCACAGCCAUCCAGCCAGCCACUAUCCCUCCAAACAGAGCAUGUUGCCUGACUCCACAGUUCCCCCCGCAGAUCUGGAGGGGAAGCGCAUCCGGAGGGGGGCUGUGAGAAAGAAAGUCCCAGUGCACAUGUGUGAAUAUCCGGACUGCAACAAGACUUACACUAAGAGCUCCCACCUCAAAGCUCACCUCCGUACACAUACAGGAGAAAAGCCGUAUCACUGCACAUGGGAUGGUUGCGGAUGGAAGUUCGCCCGUUCAGACGAGCUGACAAGACACUUCCGGAAACACACAGGACUGAAGCCUUAUGAGUGUGUGCUCUGCCAUAGAGCCUUCAGUCGGUCCGAUCACUUGGCACUACACAUGAAGAGACAUGUCUGAGAGCAGGGCGCACACACACAUUUACUCAGCUAUCUAAAUGGGGACACACCAUAAACUUCUAUUGUAACAAAUUUUCUUUACUAUGCAUUAACCCUAUUCCACUUUAUAAUAAAAAAAACAUUAUUUACUCUAUUUAUUAAUUGUUUUUACAUUGAAGAUGUCACUGGAUGCCCCUAAAGGGAGGUUUAGUCAGAUUUAGCUCACUUCUGGUGAAUUUUUUCCCCUAGAGUAUACACACACACACACACACACACACACACACACAGAGAAAUCCAAACAGAAUUGCAUACACACUAUUAUGUAUAUAUGUUAUGUAUACAUAACAUAGAGUUUGGUCUAUGACUGUGAGGACAUUUUGUAGUCUUUAAGAGGACCUGUAUUCAGGUGAGGUGCUGGACAUUCUUUAUCCAGUAAAAAGCACUAUUUCAUGACAUAAUACAACUGACAUGUACAUACUGUAAAUAAUAAAGGGAAUCCCUCAAGAUUCUCAGUCAUCAAAAAACAGGCUUUGGUCAGAAAUCAAGUGCUACAUCAUUAUAGUUACAUACAGUACAACCAUCUGACUUAUUUUCGAUCUGGACCCUUUAGUUGGACUGUAUGGUUUGGGAAACGGUAAAGAAGCAGCCAUGUAUCGAAGACUUUUCAUCAUAAAAUUAUAACUGUCGAAAAGGUAGAUAAUAAAUUCAGAAAUGUUCCGAUAGAAAAAUUAGAUCAACAUGCAUGACAGUAUGGAAGACUCUCAUUGCUGUAAUUUUGCAUACAUCAUAAGUCUUUAGAAUGUGAAUUAUGAGUAGCUCAUGUACAUAAAUAUGCAACUAAUAUAUACAGCAGGACAGGUCAGUAUUUACAAUCUACACAAAUAAAACAGCAGUGACUACAUGGUAUUAAACCACAUGGUAUGAUGUGCAUUUUACAUACUUAAUGAACAUAAUAUUAUUUUAUGAUUGUGUUGUUGUAUUUUCAGUUUACAAUUUUCUAUUUAUUUUCCAUAUUCCUUAUUGUGUGGAUGUUCUGUUACAUUUUAGAUGUCAUAGUGCUAAUGUGUUAAGUACAUUUUGCUAUUUAUAUACCAAAAAAAACCAACAACAAAAAUUCAAGAAAAAAAUAAAUAUAUUAUGUUUG